AUGAAAAAAAAAACUAAGCGUGGAGUUUCAACUCAUUCUUUAUAGAGCUAGAAAAAUUAAAUACCAUUCCAAAAUUAUUAUUUUAAAACCCCUGUUCUAUCUGCCUAUUUUUUAUAUUUGGAAGAGGAAAGGUGGAAAGCUGUGAGAGAUCAACCUGAAUGUUCAAUGUAUUAAAUAGUAAAAUAAGCAUCGUAUUAUUAUAACUAUGAUUAGCACAAAUUGGCAGAAAAAUCUAACAAAUGAAUAGAGAAAUGUAUAUGCAGAAAAGGCAAAAUAAAUAAAAAAUGAAUCUGAUGCAAAAGAAUAUUUGAAAAUGUUGGAACAAACUUACACAAUCAAAAAGAAAAUAUAAAAGGAGAAGGUUAAAUAAAAGUCUUUACCAAAAAGCAAGAAAUGA